AAGCAUAUAAGGGGACGGGCUUGGCCCUCUAUUCCAUCUCGGAAAUUCUUCACUAUUAGCCAGAAAGCAACUCAUAUCAACGACGGAGGUUUAGGUUCGUCGAUCGGUGGAAACUUGCCUGGAAGACGACACACAGCGGAUUAUUUGCCCAGUCCCAUUCUUUAACGUACUCAAGGCGAUUCAUACUUUUCUCACCAUGCGCUCGUUUACUGCUAUUUUAGUGGCGGCUGCCUCGCUCCAAGGCAGUUUGGCAAGUCCUGUGUAUAUUGCGGAUAGCCCUCCCCCUACUACGCCAACGGCAGCUCAUACCGGGUACCCGCACCCGCACCCGACAGGCGGCUACAUCGCGCAUGGCACCGGUAAGCCACACUUUUCGUGGGGACCGUGGAUCAAAGACGGCGACCAAAGCGGCGUUCCGUAUCCCACAGACCACCACAAGACACGCCACCAUAAGAGUCAUCACCACACCGGUACCGGGACAUCAUAUCCCACUAAUGUACCUUCGACGGGUGACGGCCAGAAGGGAGGCGAAGAAGGGAAGCCGCCCGUGAUUUACGGCACUGGUGGCUUCAUUCCUCCGUUGCGCCUUCAUUCUCUACACCCAACGGGCCAAUACUUCCCACGCCCGACUGGCUAUUCCGUCUUAGGCGGUGAUGAUAAAAAGGGGCAAGAUGGUGGCGUCGCGCACCCAAGCGGCGGCAUCAGACAUCCUCCUAAACAUGGCGACGGUGAUGGUGAGGGCAAGGGCAAACAACACUCGUCUUCGCCCAGCACGCUAGUUCCCACUGCCACCGCUACCGUCACCAGCACCAGUACCGAUGAGAGCACCGAUGGAAGUAUCCAGAAGCGCGCACCGGCAAACCACGGCCCGUACGCGUUCCCGCACGCUAGCGGCGGCUUGCCUUGGACUAGUCUCGCCAUACCUACCUUCCCCCACCCCACUGCUCACCAUCACCUUCGCCCCACGGGAUAUCCCACCGGUGUUCCCUUCCGGUACCACGGUCCUCCUCCACCGCGGGAUGGUGUGCCGAAGGAGGAUGGCGUGGACAGUCCCACUUGGUGAGUGAGUACUGCGGGAUAUUCUUUUCCUUAACUGUUAGAGAAAGGGGGGGGAUGGUUAGAUAAAUGAGGGGUAGAUUCGUUUCGUUGGGAUUUCAGAGCCGCAGAUAACGAAAAGGCAAAAAGCUUCAUUGUUAGCCAUGCUUAUGACUUAGGUAUCUAGAAUCUAGAUAGGUACUAAUACUAUAGGUACCCAACCUAGACGUUUCUUAGUUCCCUAUACGAUGAAUGACUAAGUAGCGCCUCGCUAGGUACGAUCACGAGUGUGGUUGGUUGGAGCAGUGGAAAUAAAUCCUUUUGUUCUAUUUAUAUCCGGCUUUGUGGCAUGGGUGGACUGGUUGCGUGAUGGAUGAUGAUGGUGAUGAUGAUAGCGAGUGAUGAUGCUGGGGUUAUGUUGGAACAACCAAGAUAGUGCUGAAUCUAGACUUCGUCAAAAUGUGGUUAUAUCAAAAGAGCUGCCCAAUGCAUAUUCGAUAAUUGUGUUUGUGUGUAUAUGUCUGGUAGUAUAAGGCCGCGAGGUAUGCAAACAUUCAAAAUAGUUCUAAUCUAGGUGAAUGCCAAGAUAAACUCUGGGCGUUUAUGUUCUUACA